AUGGUGUUAGAGCCAACUCUUAUCGCUAAGUCAAAUAUUAUAUUGGAUGUUAAACCAUGGGAUGAUGAAACUGAUAUGAAAGAAUUAGAAAAGGCAGUACGUCAAGUCACAACUGACGGCUUACUAUGGGGAGCAUCUAAACUGGUUCCAUUAGCUUAUGGGAUACAUAAGCUUCAGAUCAGUUGUGUUGUUGAAGAUGAAAAAGUAUCAAUUGAUUGGUUGCAAGAGACAUUACAAGAAAUUGAAGAUUAUAUACAAAGUGUUGACAUUGCUGCUUUCAACAAAAUUUAAGAUCGAAAAUGAUUUUGAUUUACUUAAAACAUCUUAAAUAACUAAUAAAAAUUUUGAAUCAUAAAAAACCA